GCAGAAUCAUAUUCAUAAUAAACAAUAAUUACAAAGUUUGUUUGAACACAAAAUUAAGUUACAUAAAUAUGGCAUCAUCAUCCAAUUUGCUCCUCCUCCUCCUCCUCAUUAAUAUCCUUGAAUGCCUCGUGCAUGCGGUUCCUUACGACUCAUCGUUUCAUCCCGAGUGUUUGGCAGCGCCUCUAAAGCCUCUAUACAAUGGAGGGAUGGUGGUAAACGCGGAAUUCAACCAAGGGCUAAAGGGGUGGAGACAAUUCGGCCGAGAAGUGCAAGUGGAGAACAGAAUAUCUGGCGAUGGAAUGAACAGUUACAUUGUAGCCACCGAGAGGAAACAACCGUAUCAUAGUUUCUCGCAGAAGUUCCAUCUUAAGAAAGGGAAAAUCUACACUUUCUCAGCUUGGGUACGAACGAGCCAUGAAAAGGCUCCGGUGGCGGCGGUUUUCAAGACAAGAAGGGGCUACAUAAAGGCGGCUUGGGCCAUGGGUGUAAGCGGGUGCUGGAGCAUGAUGAAAGGCGGGUUACACGUGAAUGCCUCUGGCCCGGCCCUUGUCUAUUUCGAGUCGGAAAAUACAGACGUUGAGAUUUGGGCGGAUAGCAUUUCGUUGAAAUCGUUCACCCGUGAAGAGUGGAAGUCUCACCAACAACAAAACGUGGAAAGAAGCCGGAAAAAGAUUGUGAAAUUCGAGGUAUUGGACGAAGAGGGAUUCCCGGUGGAGAAGGCGAGAGUGAGCAUAAACCAGCUCUACCACAGCUUCCCUUUGGGCUCCGCCAUGAACGGAUACAUCCUUCAAAACCAGGCCUACCAAGACUGGUUCACAUCGAGAUUCAAGUACACGGUGUUUGAAAACGAGAUGAAAUGGUACUCGACGGAGAUUUCCCCGGGGAAUGAGAACUACGAGGUGGCGGACGCGUUGCUGGGGUUUGCGCAGUCCCACGGCAUUUCUGUGCGAGGCCACAACGUUUUCUGGGCCGACCAGCACUGCCAGCCCGGUUGGGUGACUGGGCUCUAUGGGGAGGCCCUCUGGGAGGCGGCUAACCGGAGGAUUGAAUCGGUGAUGAGGCGAUACCAGGGGAAGUUGAUGCAUUGGGACGUGAUGAACGAGAAUCUGCACUUCAACUUCUACGAAACCAGGUUGGAAAACAACUCUGCUUCCACUUAUUUCUACCAGAAGGCGAGCGCGUUGGACCCGCAGGCCACCCUUUUCAUGAACGACUACAACACAAUCGAGCAACCCGGGGAUUUUAAAGCCUCACCGGCCAAUUACGUGCAGAGGAUACAGGGUUUGAAGGCGAGUGGAGUAACUAAUAUGGCUAUCAGGCUGGAGAGCCAUUUCUCACUCGGAGAGCCCAACGUUGCCUACAUUCGGGCUGCGAUGGACACGCUUGCGGCCCAGGGGGUCCCCAUUUGGGUCACCGAGCUGGAUGUCGGGCAGGGGGACAGUGUAACUCAGGCACGCUAUCUGCAAACUAUUAUAGACGAGCUUCAUUCGUUGCCGGCUGUGCAGGGGAUCAUGCUAUGGACCGCUAUGAAUGCGCAGGGCCAAUGCUACCAAAUGUGCCUUACCGACGCUAAUUUAAACAACCUGCCCACCGGGAAUGUCGUCGAUGGCUUUCGGAAUCAGUUGACGCAUGCCUAUGAUUUGAUGUCCGGGACUACCGACCAAAAUGGCUUCUUCCAAAAGUCACUUUACCAUGGCAAGUAUGAGGUCACCAUAAGCCACCCACAUCGACCGCAAGAUCAUAUUGUACAACACAUCCAUGUCGUGCCCCAAAAUCAUCAAAAUGAUCAUCAUCACACGCCAUCGCCAUAUCAGCAACAAAUUCAUGAUCAUGAUGAGAUUGAGCCGCCAUACCAGCUCCAUACACUUACUCUCCCCCGCCCUACCACUUAAUUACAUCUAUUACCUACCUACCUACCUACACAUUAUUAUUAUUAUUAUUAUUA